CACAAUAAAAAUGCCAAUAAAAUGUGAACUGCUGUCUGUAAUAAUAAAAAAAUAUAGCGUGUUUUGCAAUAGCUGUGAGUGUCUGGAGCUGUGCUAGUAUUAGUAACGUUACAAUGAUUGUGUAGAUCUACUACUACUACUACUACUACUACUACUACUACUACUACUACUACUAGUCCUGGUGGUGGUAGGAUACUGCCUGGCCAACGCGUGUAUAAUAGUAUUCAUUCUCAUGUCAUUGCCAUUCAGUUCGAAAAAAAAUCAAUUACUGCCGUUAUGAUUAUGCUGAUGGGACCUCGUGGAGCUGGUAAAACAACAUUGCUCAAGAAAUUAGCGGGUGAGGAUGGCUCUCGAUCUGCCGCUCGCCAACAAGGUUGCAGACAUCUUUUUGAUUCAGUGCUCCCUCCUGUCAAGCACACGACUGGAAUUUCGCUUGGCGGGUAUACUUGUAGUAAUACGGCUACUCGAAUAACUGUCAGAGAGAUAGGCUCGAGCGUGUACCCGCUUUGGAGCAACUUCGUGGAUGAUACAGAGCCGGAGAAAAUUGUUUUUAUAAUAGAUGGAUCUAAUCGUUCACAAAUAUCAACAACAGCUUGUCAAUUCCAUUCAGUGCUGGCAUCAGACAAAUUGAAGAACAGACCUUUUGCUCUGGUUAUCAAUAAGUGGGAUGCAGCUCUAUACAUGAAAAACGAGGAGUUGAAGGAGGCACUCCAUCUCGACUAUAUUGCCAGCUACGUUAACAGGAAGAACUUGUCUCUGUUCAAAUUGAGCAUUAAAGACGAGACUGGACUGGAGGAGCUUAGGCGAUGGGUCGAAAGCCCUUUACAGCAGUAAUGUCAAAUGAUCCAGCAAACAGUGAUUGCAACUUCAGUUGUCUGCAUUAACGAUAAUUCCAGAAUUCUAGCUGCGUUUUCUCCAGGGAGAUGAUAUACAGUACUAGUAGUGACCUGAACAAAAUACAACUUAAGACAUUUCUGCUUUACAGAGUACCACAGAGUAGUGUUGAAUUCUUUUGCUUUUACCAUGUGAUUAUGCAAUCACCAUUAUGGAAUGAAGGCUGCCUGCUGCUCCUCGCUGAUAAAUAAAUAAAGAUGGAAGACAAUUCCAUGCAGAUCAGAUCCUGCUGCUGGUGCUGCUUCUGUAGAUGUCGAUGCUGCCACUGCGUUCGCCACCUCCAGCCAAUUACAGCAUGGCCACAUUCCCAGAAAACGAAACAUAUAAUCAAUUCCAGCACUCA